CUUAUCCUCGUCUGGGAGCUUGUCAGGGGCCUCGACGUCCUCGACUACCUGAACGACCGCGGCGGGCACGUGGGCGAGGACGAGGCGCGACACCUCUUCCGCCAGCUCCUCGCCGGCAUCGCGUGCGUCCACGACAACGGGUUCUGCCACAGGGACAUCAAACCCGAGAACUGCAUGAUCGAGACAGCCACCGGCGUCCUCAAGAUCAUCGACUUCGGCCUCAGCAAGCACUUGGACUCCGCGAGGACCUUGGGCAUCGGCACGCCCGAUUACAUGGCUCCCGAGAUGUUGAUGGCGGCCUCCAACCCGGGCGCUCCCAAGAUGGCGUACGAUCCCGAGGCUGUCGACGUGUGGGCCAUGGGCGUGAUGCUGUACCUCAUGUUGACCGGGCGGUACCCUUUCGAGGACCCCAAGCAGCCCGGGGUCGUCACCGCCACGCUGGUGCGCGUGCGCGCCGGUCGGAUGACCCCUCUGCCUCCCGGCCUGAGCGUCGAGGUGAGGGACCUGAUCGGGGGCAUGUGCAGGACGGACCCGAGGAGGCGCGCGAGGAUCGCAGACAUCUCGAGGCACCCGUGGGUGA